ACUCGUGACAAACAAUGUUCAGUGUUUGUUUACAUGCGUGGUGAGGUCCGUGGGGAGCAGCCUGGUUAUUGGUGUGUGCGUGUGUGACUACCGAUGUCAUCUAGGACUACAGAUGACAACAAACUGAGGAACAGUACAAGGCACACAUAAAUAAAGAGGACCUAUAUGUAGCAGGAAAGGAGGUUGGUGAACAACACAGUUUUCGUGAGAAGCGCCGGCGUGUACGGUUUAGGUGGCAGCCUAGCAGGUUGAAGCAAUGGACACUAUCCUGGAGCAGCAGCGGCGCUACCAUGAGGAGCGGGAGCGGCUCAUGGCAGCGAUGGUCAAAGAGUGUCUGCACAAGAAGAACUCGCAUCGUGAAGUGAUCAACUCUGACCAUCGUCAUCGGCUUCUGCUUGAUCGCUAUGUGGAGAGCUCUCAACACCUAGCUGACCUGUAUGAGGAUAAGGAUGGUUUGCGGAAGGAGGAAGUGGCAGCCCUGUCUGGCCCCAAUGAGCUAGCUGAGUUUUACAAUCGCCUUAAGCAGAUAAAAGAAUUUCAUAAAAAACAUCCAAAUGAGGUGCCAUGUGGUCGCUGCUUGGUACAAGUAGGUCUGGAGAAAAUUGACUACAUCACUUAUCUUACCACAUUUGAUCGGCUCUUUGAGAUCCCCAAAGAAAAGAAGACUACUCAGUACCGGGAGUACCUUUAUGUUCUCCUUGACUACCUGUAUGCCUACGUAGAGCGUGUGAAGCCUCUGCUGGACCUCAACCAAGAACUGGAAGCUGUCAGCAAGGACUUCAAUGAGCAGUGGGAGGCUGGAAGAUUUCCAGGCUGGCCAAAGGAAACAGGUGGAGCACUGGCAGCCAUGGGAGCUCAUCUGGAUCUCUCAGCCUUCUCAUCAUCAGAGGAGCUUAUGUCCUUGGGAUUAGAUCGUUUGAAAUCAGCUCUUAUGGCUCUGGGGCUCAAGUGUGGUGGUACUCUGGAGGAACGUGCCCAAAGGCUGUUCAGUACAAAGGGUAUGUCAGUAGAAGAGCUUGAUCCAUCUCUAUUUGCCAAGUCUAAACCAGGUAAAGUGACCAAAGGGCGAGAGACAGAAAAGAUCAAGGAGCUGGCCAACCUGGAGGCUCAGGUUUAUCGCUUAACCGAAAUCCUGAGUGAGCAGCGAGCUGCUACUAAAGAGAAUGUACAACGGAAGCAGGCAAGAAGAGAUGGAGAAGAGGAAGAGGAAGAAGAAGCAUCAGCCUCAGAAUCUGAGGAAGAGCCUGAUGAUGAGGUGCCUUACAACCCUAAGAACCUUCCUCUUGGAUGGGAUGGAAAGCCCAUCCCAUAUUGGCUGUACAAGCUGCAUGGUCUCAACAUCAGCUACAACUGUGAGAUUUGCGGUAACUUCACCUACAAAGGCCCCAAGGCAUUCCAGAGGCACUUUGCUGAGUGGCGCCAUGCCCAUGGCAUGAGAUGCCUUGGCAUUCCUAACACUGCUCACUUUGCCAAUGUGACACAGAUUGAAGAUGCCCUUAAGCUGUGGGAGAAACUCAAGGUGCAGAAGACCUCUGAACGUUGGCAGUCUGAGCAAGAGGAGGAGUAUGAAGACUCUCAGGGCAAUGUGGUAAACAGAAAAACCUUUGAUGACCUCAAGAGACAAGGCCUUUUGUAGUGAACCAUUUAAAAUUGUGGGGGACACUAAGUGGAAAGUGUGUGUGUGUAUUCUUAUGUUUUUAGUGAAGUUUUAUAAUGUAGCUCAUUAUGCUGCAGGUGUUAAAGUAUAGAAUAUAAUCAGGGAAGUAUCAAGGGAAUCAUUUAUAGUAAUUUUUUUUUCUCCCAUAAAUAAUGUCUUAUCUUGUUGGAUCACACCUACCCCCCCCCAUUCUCUCUCUCUCUCUCUCUCUCUCUCUCUCUCUCUCUCUCUCUCUCUCUCUCUCUCUCUCUCUCUCUCUCUCUCUCUCUCUCUCUCUCUCUCUCUCUCUCUCUUGCAAGUGUAUAUGCCAUUUUCUAUUUACUCUUUUAUGGUAUGACACUUACUGGUCAGUGUCCUAGUAUUGGAAAGAGGACUAGUGACACAAAUGAAUUAAAACAGCAGCAUUUUACCAAAUCAUUUUAUUUUCUCAAAUUCUAGGAAAAUUGUUCAGAGUAAGUAUUAUGUCUUCCACCCAAAGAUCUGAAGAAGGGUGGUUGCAAUAGUGGAUGGAAAACACACACACACCGUGUAAUGUAGUGGUCAGCACAAUUGAGAGGGCCGGGUUCGAGUCCCGGUAUGCGGCGGGGCAAAUGGGCAAGCCUCUUAAUGUGUGGCCCCUGUUCACCUAGCAGUAAAUAGGUACGGGAUGUAACUCGAGGGGUUGUGGCCUCGCUUUCCCGGUGUGUGUUGUGUGUUGAUGUGAUCUCAGUCCUACUCUAAGAUUGGUCUAUGAGCUCUGAGCUCGCUCCAUAAUGGGGAAGACUGGCUGGGUGACCAGCAGGUGACCGAGGAGGUGGUGAACACACACUCACCUUCUGUCCCCACUUAAAUAAUCCCCCCCUUUCACCUCCACACACAUACCUACCCCUUAUGCCCCCCCCCUUUCACCUCCACACACAUACCCUACCCAUCCCUUCUGCCUACCCUUCACCUCCACACACAUACCCACCCCUUGUGCCUACCCUUCACCUCCACACACAUACCCAUCCCUUCUGCCUGCCUCCCUCCCCACACACACACACACACACACAAAA